AUGAAUAAAGGAAAACAGGCGACCCUCUUCCAGAGUUGGGGGCCGGCCAAAAAAUCUCAAGCUGUUAACUCUAAAAUUACUGACAGGGGUGAUGUUGGUAAAAGACCAGGCCCACCAUCUACUGAUCAUGCAGGCAUCAUAGAUCUGUGCGAUGGAUUUGAAGAUGAUGAGGAUGAAGACCUUUUGGCACAGGUUGUGGACAUGCCAGGAUACAGUGAGCCAACAGCCGGUACGUCUUCAGUGGCACCACCAGGAGAUGUCUGUAACAUUUCGUUGGGAGCAGAAUCCUUUCCUUGUAAUAUGUCUUUGACCCAGACAGUGGCUCCUGAGGGAUUUGACAAGUUUGCAGGAAAGAGUUGGAUCUACCCCACCAACUAUCCAGUCAGGGAUUAUCAAUUUAACAUCAGUCAACAGGCUCUGUACAAAAAUACUAUGGUGACCCUUCCCACUGGCCUUGGCAAGACCUUCAUAGCAGCAGUAGUCAUGUACAACUUCUACAGGUGGUACCCUCAGGGUAAAGUAGUGUUCAUGGCUCCUACUAAACCUUUGGUAGCUCAGCAGAUAGAAGCCUGUUACAAUAUAAUGGGUAUCCCCCAACUGGACACUGCUGAAAUGACAGGUAACAUGGCUCCAACAGAGAGGAAACGUACUUGGCAGGAGAAGCGGGUGUUUUUCCUGACCCCACAGGUCCUCACCAAUGAUCUCAGUCGUGGGACUUGUCCCGCAGUCAGGGUGCGAUGUCUUGUGGUGGAUGAAGCACACAAGGCCCUGGGCAAUCAUGCCUACUGUCAGGUUGUACGAGAGUUGAUAAAGUACACAGAGAGCUUCCGUAUUUUGGCUUUAAGUGCUACACCAGGGAGUGAUAUUAAGGCAGUACAGCAGGUCUUGUCUAACCUCCUGAUAUCUCACAUUGAAUUAAGGACAGAAGAAUCAAUUGAUAUCAAGCAAUUUUCACAUGAGCGGAAAGUUGAAAAGAUUGUAGUUCCCCUGGGUGAUGAGCUCACCCAGGUGAAAAAGACAUAUAUUCAGGUCAUGGAUGUGGUUGUUGGUCGACUAAAGAGGCAGGGCGUCUUGUAUAAAAGGGAGACAACCAGUUUCUCCAAGUUCCUGAUUCUGAAGGCCAGAGAAGCAUUUAGACAGAAUCCACCCCAACAGCUACAGAGGACACAGUAUGGUGCUGUUGAGGGUGACCUGGCCUUGGCCAUGAGUCUUUACCACGGGUUUGAACUACUACAGCUACAUGGUCAGCGCUCAUUGUAUAACUACCUAGAAAGUAUUGUGAGUGGAGAAAAGGGACAUGGUCGUACAAAGACUGAACUGAUGAAAAAUGCUGGCUUUGUAGAAUUAAUGGAGAAGCUACGCAGUCAGUUUGCUUCUGACCCAAACAUCAGAUUGAGCCAGAAGUACAAAGAUGGAGUUAAGACCGGACACCCAAAGAUGCAGAAAUUGGAGGAGGUGGUUGUCAACCAUUUCAAUAACUUCUUAAAAGAUGGAAGUGUGGAAGAGAAGUCGCAGGCGACUCGGGUGAUGAUUUUCUCCCAAUACAGAGACAGCGUGUCUGAGAUAACAGAUAUACUCAUGCAGCACCAACCAUUGGUCAAAGUCAUGAGUUUCAUCGGUCAGUCCUCUGCUGGCAAGGCAACUAAGGGUUUUACACAGAAAGAACAACUCAAGGUCAUGAAAAAGUUUCGUGAGGGUGGCUACAACACCUUGGUAUCCACAUGUGUUGGAGAAGAAGGUCUGGAUAUUGGGGAAGUGGACCUCAUCGUAUGUUUUGAUGCUCACAAAAGUCCAAUCAGAUUGGUACAGAGGAUGGGACGUACCGGCAGGAAACGAGAGGGACGUAUCAUCAUGUUAGUGACGGAAGGCAAGGAAGAACAGAUUUACAACCAGAGUCAGUACUCUAAGAAAAGCAUACACAAGGCUAUUCUUAAUGGUGCUAAAUCUCUCCAUUUCUACCAAAACAACCCACGUAUGGUCCCAGAGGGAUGGAUGCCAUCCUGUCAUAAGAUGCAUAUUUCCCUACAACAGAAUUUCCAGACAAAAGAUGGUCCUAAAGUCAAUCGGGACUCCAAGCAGAAAAAACUCAAAUUCCAGUCUAAGUCUGCCACAGAUACCAGGACUGAUGAUGGCCUGCUGACUACGGAGGAGUACCGUGACCUUAUACAGAACUACGCUGUACCUGAGGACAGUAUACCUACACUGCCUUCAAGAUUGCCACUGCUGACAUUAGGGGAGAAACAUGAGAAACCUGCUGGAGAGAGACAAAUUCUUCGUGAAUGGUUGCCCUGGCAGAAUCGUCUACAGCAGACUUAUAAAAUAGACCACUCAACUAAAACUAAACACUUUGUGGAACUGAUGCAGUUUAUUGAAAUUCAGCAAACACUGGAUCCAAAUGAAGAUCCCUAUGGAGAGGAAAUGAGUUUGUUUCUGAAUGAGGAGGACGUACUUAAGCCAGGGGAGACAAACGGGCGACAAGGGACCGGAAUACGUAAAUUCUGUGUCGCUGUGGAAAAAGAAGGCAGCACAGCACAAACAAUACCAAAAAACAAAGGGAGACAAUUUCGAAAGAGCGAUGUAUUACCAACAUUUGAAAUAAGUAGUAAUGAAGAGAGUGAAGAAGAUUUGCCAAAUUUUAACAUUAAUCGUAAUGAUAAACGAACAUCUUUUCAAGGAAAUAAGAAAGGAAAGGCGGGAAAACGUCAACUACUCUCGAAAUCUUCCCAAGUGUUUACAGAUAUCCCAGAGUCCAAAUCUAUUGUUAAGAAAAGCAAAAAGGACAAGAAACGUUCUGUGAGCGGUGACAGGUCUGUAGUCCAGUUGAUAGUGGAGACUGAAGAUAAUGAUUUUACUGAUGAAGAAGAAAAUAUGCCUGCAGUAUUACCACCUCUAGAUGAAAUCACAUCUCCUGUGAAUCAGGCAGAAGAUAAUGCUCAAAACAAUCAAAAUGAAAUCCAAGACGAUAUGGAAUCUUCUGAUAUCAAUUAUUCUCCGCUUAUGGACAGUCAGGAACUUAUGGAAGUAGACGAUGAGAAGGAAAAAGAGUCGUCAUUUUCACAGCUUCUUCCUAAAAUUCCUCCGUCAGAUAUUGGUCAAGUUACCCUUGAAAGUGCAGAAAUACUUUCAAAUACAAAUGUGUAUCGCGUUCGAACACCUCCGCCUUUAGAACAAGUCGGAGAAAUUGUAGCCGAGUUGGAUAAAUGUGAAAAACUUCCUCCACUAGAUCUGUUACAGUUAGUUGAUGAAUGGGAAAAGGAAAACCAGGAAUACCAAAACAGAAAAGGAAGCAGUGGUCAGUUUGAUGAGUCUGACUUUAAGGACAAAAGUGAUCAGUCUGGUAAAGACCAAGGACUUGGUCCUUUUUCAGUGGAUGAAAGAUCAUCUGCUGGUGACAAGAGUGUAACUAGUUAUUCAGGAAGGAAAAUGUCAGAACCAAUGCAGGACAUUCAGAUCCACAUAGCACGCCAGUCUCCAUCUAAAGACCAUCAAAAAGUCAUCAACAGUAAAACAAAUCUAAAACAUGAUUACUUGGAUAUUUCAGCCUGCCAGGAAAGAGUGCAUGAUAAAGGGAAACAAUGUCUCAAAUCUGUUCCCGAUGACAAUAUGCUGUCACCAAUCAAUAAACCUCAUGUUCCAGUUAGAAAUUCAGAAGAUGAUGAUGAUGAUGUUUUGUCUGAUGAUUCUGGUUUUAUUUUAGACACACAAGCAAACUUUUCUCUGGCAGUCUAUGAAGAAGAAGGUCCAUUUGAGAUCAAGAACAAAUCUGUCACAUGUGACAAUAUCCAAAACUCACCACUGAAUGUUACAUCACAGAAUGUUUCACCACAAAAUGAUAUGUCAGUAAUGAAAGAAAGAGGUUCUACAUUAUCUUCUGACGAUGAGUUUUUCGACACUCAGGCAAAUUUUUCACUGCAUAAUGAAGACCUCUUUGGUGAUGACAAUGUGGACCAAAUUAACACAGACACAAAACAUACUUCAUCUUCCACAAUUAGUGACAAUUCAGGUAAUUUCAGAGGACAAGAAUGUCCCAAAAAUGUUGAAAAGAUUAGAUUUGUCAAUAAACAAGGAAGUUUAGACCAAGAAAGUACAGUGAUUGAAAAGGUCAAGUUUAUGGAUGAUAUCGGUAAUGAACCUAUGUGUUCUGAAAAAUAUGGAAAACCCUUUUCAGAGAAAUAUAGCAGUAACAGCAGGAUAACAGCAGCUUCAUGGAAUCUAAAGAAUCUGCCUGCUGGUCAUAGAAACACAGCUGACACCUCGUUAUUCGAUGAUUCUUACGAUAAGGAAAUGCUGAAAAUGACCCUAAAAACUCAAGGAAGUUCUGUUGUUUCUCCCACACAGUUUACAUUCACACAAGCAUUAGCAUGUGUACACGACAGCAACGAACUUCUGUCAGAGGAUUCUCAAGAUGAUAUUGACCUUGAAAAGGAAAAGAAAAAUGGAGGUAACUUAUUGGAGAAUAUGACAGAUUUUUUUAAUUCCAUAAAGGAAAUAAAGAAAUCAUGCCAAGCUCCCGAGACAGAAUGCAACAAAGCUGAAGACAAAAAUCAAAAUACCAGAGAUGUAACGCAUCUGGAUCCAGACUCUAAGAAAGAUUCUACAAAUAACAUUACUGAUUUUCAGCCAAGUGAGGAUAUCGGGAACAGUUCAGAUGAGGGUAGUAAAGACUCGUUCGAUAUACCUCAUUUUGAUCUGGGUUUUGAUGUUGACGAGGACAUCAUUCCUCCAUCACCUUGUGCCAGCCAAUCUAUCUCACAGAAAUCUUUUUCCGCCAGUCUAAGUCAGAGUCUACUCAAAAGUAGAAAAUCAUUAUCAACAAAGUUUGAUUCCACCUGUGGUACUCGUAAAACUUCAGCAGUGGAGUCUGACAAGGUGGGAAGUGUCGCUGGUAUGAGUAUAAUUGAGGAAGAUUCGCUGGUGCUUUCAAAUCAUAAGACGAUUAUCCAGAGCAGUCACAUGGGAAAUGAUUUAUGUGAAUAUUCAAAGACAAUGAUUGAUAGCAGUUCAAAAACUGCUUUGCUCUCCUCAACAAAAAAUGAUACUGACAGUUUGAAUUCUGGUAGAAAAAAUGAAGCAAAUUCAAAGGGUGUUUUGAACAUGGUUAAAAGUUAUGCAGGAAAAACCAUGGACAAAAAUUUGUGUAAGCCUGGCUUGAACUCUCUUAAAGCUACCACAAGUAACUUUCUAGAUGAUGUCAGAGAAACCAAAGUCAACCAUAGUACAAAGGAUUCAAACGAGUCUGUGAUGUUUGGUGACAUGCAAGAUAAAAACACAGUGGAGAAAAAACAGUUUGUUUGUAAUAUCCGUGACAGGAUAUCUGCUCCAGCUCAGGGAAAUAGACCAUAUAGAUCACCAUCAGAUAUACAGACAUGUACAACUUCAAAAACAGGUUUAGGAACAGCCAGCUAUCUUCAAGAAACGCUAAACGUCAACAAACAGAAUUUUGACGAACAUGAUGGUUUUUCACCGGUGUGUGACAGGUCUCUGAUUCCUGUUGAAUCACUCUCUUCAGAGUCGGAUGAUGAUAUAGUUGUUAGGAAGAAACGAAAAGCAAUAAUAAUAGAUUCACCAUCACCUAGUUUUACACAAAAAAAACAACACAUGGACAAUCAAACCACUCCAUUUAGAACACCUGGUGAACCUUCAAAUGCAAAUAAGUGUAGACAUGAAAAAGAUACAAAAAAAUUGAAAUUUAACGUCUCAUUUAAGCUUCCUGAGAUCGAGGAAUUGGAUGAUGACGACUUUGCUGAUGACAAAUCAGCUUUAGUAAAGGACAGGUUGUCUGUUGCUUCUAAAACAUCAAGAAAUUCUGGCAGGUCAUCAGAUACUGAAAGGAAAGUUGUUAAAAAAAGGACAAAAUCCAAAUCUCCAGCAGACAUGUUUAUUCAUGGUGAAGCUGAGGUGUCAGAUGACGAGGAAAAUGUUUCUGGUGACGAGGAUGAUGGAAGUGACAUGGAUCAAAUGGAGGACAGUUUCAUUGGUGAAGCAACACAGAUGUCACAAGGAAGAGCAGAGGACAUGCACGCAUUCUAUCUGAAAUCAGUCAGAAGUCCUUUAGUUGGAGGGAAAUUCCGGCUGAAGUAUGAUCAAGGCAACAUGGAUGUAUUCUCACAACCUCACCAAUAUGAUGACUCUCAUUAUAUGGAAGAUAGUUUUUGUGUGGAUGAUGAUUUUGAGGAAACAGGUGUUGACUUGGAGGAGGCAAAAGAAAUUACAAUGUUAGAGGAUGCUGAUAUUACUUACGUAGGGCGGAGGACACGCUGGUCAAAACCAGCAGCCAUUCACAAGAAAAAAGCCAGGAAACAUUUGACUGGCAGGAAAAGAAUAAGGAAAAUAUCAAAUUCUUCUAGUGAAGAAGAGAGUUACAAGUGUGACGUUAGUAAAAUACAGACACCUCAAGUGUCAGCUGGUAAACGGCGCAGAAGGGUACUCCUGUCGAGCAGUACGAGUGAAGAAGAACCUGACUGUAAAGUUGUCUCCCCUCUGAAAAUUACUUCCCCUGCUGAAGGGACACCGGACAUUAUACCAUCACUUAUGACAAGGAUAAAAAAUAAUCAUGUCAGUGCAAUUUGUAUAUCAGAGUUAAGAUCCAAGACAGAGUCACACCACACCACAGAUCCAACAACAUCCUGUGAUAUUUCUGGUGUUCAGAGUGACAAUGCUAGUGCCUGGUUUAAUACUAGUCAUAAACCUGCAGACAGAUCUGUUUCUGGGUUGAAUACAAAUUUAACAGCUGAACAAUUGCGUGUACAACGACUUCAGAAACAGAAAGAGAAACAGGAAGAAUUCAAAAGGAGAAUGGCACAAAAGGCACAAGACAUUUAUGAAAAGUCAAAAUCACCAGUGAUUAAUAGUGAUUUUAGUAAUUCAAGGACUGGGGCUAUUGAAGUACCUAAGCUGAACUGUGAUAUAUCAAGGAAUGAUGAACAACUGUUGACUAGUGCUAAAAUGGAAAACAACAGUAAAUCUGUGAUAUUUGUGGACUCUAGAGAAAUAAAUGGUUCUCAGAACAUCGUUUCUGAACUCCGCUUCAAACAUAAUAUGUCUGUGAUAGUCGCUCAGCUGGCUGGGUGUGAUUAUGUUGUCAGCAACCGCAUGGGAGUUGACCGAAAAGUGUGGUCGGAAUUUACGAAUGGGUCAAAUAGAGCCAAACUGGUCGACCGUAUUCAUCAACUGUGUGACUUGUAUGACCGACCAUGUCUGAUUAUAGAAUCUGACCCAGUGAAGGGUUCUGAUAAGGGAGGUAAUCGACUCCUUCAUUGGACUAAAUAUGUGGACAAGACCAUUGUCCAGUUGAUCAACUCUAAUGUGAAAAUGUACUUUACCAGUGGUCAGUUAGACACUGCGGCCAUCCUAGCUGACCUCUGUUUGCUCGAGAUGCGUAAAAACAUGGCAAUAAGUGUACCAGUGAAUGUAAGUGAUAAAAAACAGCAGCAUAUAAGGUUUUAUUCAUCUUUUCCGAAACUCACUCAUGUUCACAGUCUCAAUCUUACCUACAAUUUCAGAACAAUUAAAGACUUUCUGUCUGCUAGUGUUCAGACUAUUCGAACUAAAGGCUGUAUGUCAGAAAAGAGGGCAGAGGAAGUGUUCUAUUUCAUCAGGAGAAACUUUGAUGCAUAG